AGGGGGUUUCCUAUCCACAAUCUUUGUUGCGUUUGUAUCGAGACCAGUUUUACAGCCGGGGUUUUGCGAUGGACAGUGGCCCCAGCGUGAAAGCCGUCCUUUCUCCUGCAGGUUACCCGUCGACCAACAGAGAGGUUACACUAACGUAUUUAACGCACUGAUUCGAAUUACCCGUGAGGAGGGGGUCGUCACACUCUGGAGGGGCUGUAUCCCGACGAUGACGCGAGCGGUGGUGGUGAAUGCAGCACAGCUGGCCUCGUACUCCCAGUCCAAGCAGUUCCUGCUGGGUUUAGGUUAUUUCCGUGAUAACAUCCUGUGCCAUUUCUGUGCCAGUAUGAUCAGUGGGCUUGUGACAACCGCAGCCUCCAUGCCAGUGGAUAUUGCAAAAACAAG